GUGCGGCGUACGCGACGGUAGUGACGCGUGUGACCCGAAGGAUGGCGGACGCCGGCUUGCGCCGCGUGGUUCCCAGCGACCUCUAUCCCCUGGUGCUCGGCUUUCUGCGCGACAAUCAACUCACGGAGGUGGCCAAUAAGUUCGCCAAGGCGACGGGCGCUACACGGCAAGAUGCCAAUGCCUCUUCUCUCUUGGACAUCUAUAGUUUCUGGCUCAACAGGUCUGCCAAGGCCCCAAAGCGGAAAUUACAGACAAAUGGACCAGUGACCAAGAAGGCCAAGAAGGAAACGUCUUCCGAGGACAGCAGUGAAGACAGCAGUGAGGAAGGAGCUCAAGGCCCGCCAGCUCAGAAGGCUGUUGUACCUGCCAAACGAGCCAAAGUGCCUCAGCAUCCUGGAAAAGCUGGAAAGGCAGUGGUCAAAGCUUCCAAGAGCAGCAGUAGUGAAGAAUCCAGCGAUGAGGAAGAGGAAGAAGACACCACAAAGAAAAAGCCCGUCCAGAAGGGAGUUAAGCCGCAAGCCAAGGCAGCCGGAACUCCUAAGAAGGCGAAGAGCUCGGAGUCUGACUCGGACUCCAGUUCAGAGGAUGAAGCACCACAGAACCAGAAGCCAAAGACACAACCUGUGGCUAAAGCUCCACCUAAAGCCCCAGCAAAAGCAGGCACACCAUCUGGAGCACCAUCUACAGUAGCCAAUGGCAAAGCAGCCAGCAGCAGUAGUAGCAGCAGCAGCAGCAGCAGUGAUGAUUCAGAGGAGGAGGAGAAGGCAGUAGCUGUUCCCAAGAAGACUGUACCUAAAAAGCAGGUUGUGGCCAAGACCCCAGUGAAAGCAGCUGUCACCCCUACCCAGAAGAGUUCUAGUAGUGAAGAGUCCUCCAGUGAUGAGGAAGAGGAACAGAAAAAGCCCAUGAAGAAAAAACCAGGUCCUUACAGUUCAGUCCCACCACCUUCUGCUCCCCCACCAAAGAAGUCCCUAGGAACCCAGCCUUCUAAGAAAGCUGCAGAGCAGAAACAGCCUGAGGAGAGCAGUGAAGAGAGCAGUGAUGAAUCUGAUUCAAGUUCUGAGGAAGAAGAGAAGCCUCCAGCCAAGGCAGUCGUCUCCAAAGCAACCACGAAACCAGUUCCAGUAAAGAAGUCAGCAGAGAGCUCUUCAGACAGCUCAGACUCUGACAGCUCUGAGGAUGAAGCACCUACCAAGCCCGUCAGUGCCAGCAAGAAUUCAGGUAAACCAGCUGCUACUUCCAAGAUGCCGACGGCCAAGACCCCUGCAGCUCCUAAGCAACCUAUAGGCAGUGGUCAGAAACUUCUCAACAGAAAGGCUGAUAGCAGCUCCAGCGAGGAAGAGAGCAGUUCCAGCGAGGAGGAAGAGACAGCAAAGAAGACUGUGACCACCCCUAAGCCCAAGGUGACUGCCAAACCAGUGCCAUCUCGGCCUGCCAAACAGGCACCUCAGGUGGAGGAGGACAGCAGCUCUGACUCGGACAGCUCCAGUAGUGAGGAGGAGGAGGCAGAGAAGACACCUAAAGCCCCGGUUAAGAAGAAGGCAGCAGGAGGUGGCGCCUCUGACAAGCCAGCCACUGCCAAGCCAGCCGCUGCCAAGCCAGCCGCUGCCAAGAAAGCAGCAGCCAGCAGUAGUAGCAGCUCUUCCUCUGAUGAUUCCAGUGAGGAUGAGAAAGCGAAGCCCAAGGGCAAGGCCACUCCCAAAUCACAAACCCCCAAGGCCAAUGGCACCCCAGCACCAGCUGCCCAGAAUGGAAAAGCAGGCAAGGACAGUGAGGAGGAAGAAGAGGGAGAGAAGAAGGCAGCAGCAUCCGCUUCCAAGCCAGAAAAGAAACGGAAGCAGAGUGAGGCAGCAAAGGAAGCAGAGACUCCUCAAACCAAGAAGGUUAAGCUUCAGACUCCCAACACAUUUCCAAAAAGGAAAAAAGGAGAAAAAAGGGCAUCUUCUCCAUUUCGAAGGGUCAGGGAAGAAGAAAUUGAGGUGGAUUCACGAGUGGCAGACAACUCCUUUGAUGCCAAGCGAGGCGCAGCCGGAGACUGGGGGGAGCGAGCCAAUCAGGUUCUGAAAUUCACCAAAGGCAAGUCCUUCCGGCAUGAGAAAACGAAGAAGAAGCGGGGCAGCUACCGAGGAGGCUCCAUCUCUGUCCAGGUCAAUUCUGUCAAGUUUGACAGCGAGUGAUCUGGGGCCAGCCAUCCUUGGUGAAGCAAGGGUGAUGAUAGGCCACUAACCUCCAAUGGACCCAGAAUCUCUCAGCUUUGUUAGGAGAGGGUUUUGGUAAGGACAGAAAUUUAUACUAGGUCCUAAGCCUGCAACAUAACAAUCUCCGGUCCUUCCUGUGUUACUAGCUUUGUACAGAUUUGUUUUAGAGUGUUGAGUGUCAGGCACAAAGGAAUGUUGUUUUUUAAGAAACUCAAUUUUAGUUGUCAUUUCCUUCUUCCUGUUCUGUGGAAGUCCUCAUACUGAGAAGUUUGUAUAUUUUAUAUUAAAUCAUUUCUUACUCGUUUUUGUUGUGAUUUUCAGAGUUGAGUUCCACAGAUAGACUUAAAGUCUCACAUGUAAGAACUCUUAGAAUUGGAGGAUUCCGCCCCUGUGGAGUGUACAUGUCCACAUACUAUCCUUCUCUCUGCCCUGGAGAGGAGCAGUUAAGAAUGGCUCAUGUAGAUAUGUCUGUGAAGCAUGCCCACGAUUUAUCCUCAUUCACUGAGUCUAGGACUGAAGCUUUUGGAAACCAGCAUGCAUCUACCAGCUUUUAGGGAUAAAAUUAGUUUUUUGCAACUUAAUGUUCUGUAAAAUUAAUGGGCACAACUGUAUGGUCUGAAAUGCCAUGCAUCAGUCUGAUUUUUUUAAUCUAUCAUUUACAUGUUUGCAAUAUAUUUUUUAUUUUCAUUUGAAAACAGACUUUUCUACCAUUGAAAGGCAUUUUUUGACAACUUGGCCCCUUACUACUGUUGUAUACUAAGUUCAGGACUGAAUCUUCUGUUUUCAAUAUUGUCAGCAAAGUGGUGUUAAUUUUAUGUGAAAAGUUCAUUUCACUUGGUACUUCUAUCUUGUAUCAGUGGUGAUACAGAAUUGGUUUUUAUAUGGUUGGGAAUCAUUGUUGAAGAAAGUGGGGGAAUCCUGUCGUGGUGGUACACGCCUUUAAUCCUAGCACUUGGGAGGCAGGUAGUAGGAUUGCCGUAUUUUCAAAGCCAAUCUGAGACUACAUAGUGAAUUCCAGGUCAGCUGGGCUAGAGUGAGACCCUACCUCGAAAAACAAGACAAAACAACUACAAAAAAAAGGGAAACUGAAGAUUUUCAAUCUUCAAUGGGAAGUAGGUUUACAUUAGUAAAUGUGUAGGUAACAUGGUGGAAAGAACCUUUACAAGCAGACUAAUAGAAAACUUCAUUGGUUUUCAGAGCACAACUUAACCAGUUUAUUGUGUCUUGGGGUUGGUGCAUGGGAGACACUGCCCUGUGGCUUUGAUACCUUAACUGACAGUGAAGUUAAUUGUAAAAUGGAGUAAAGCUGAGUGUAGUAAUCCACCCCUUUAAUCCAAGCACCCCAGGGGGGGGCGCUGACAUUAGAUGGAUCAUCAUCAACUCCAGGCCAGCCUGGCUAGAGUGAGACCUUACCUGCCCAAAACAAUAACAAAAAAGGAGCAAGCAGGGCUGGAGGAGUAGCUCAGUGGUAGUAAGCUUGUCUAGCACAGGCAUGGAUCCUAGACUAAGAGCUGGUUAUGAGGACAUGGGGCCACACUCUUCAGUGCUCAGCCAGAUGGAAGGAGCGGGAAGACUUGAUGAGUGUUGUGCAGCCUGGGCUGAGCCUUGGAGGAACCCAUGUAUCCCAUGACCCACAUUAGAAGCAUUCAUGUUUGGGUCCCACACUUGGUAUGUAACUUGGUUUUCUCCAUGAUAACUGCCUGGAGUAAGAUGAUGUGCUGAUAGAGUGAGGUAUUUCAGUCUGCAUGGUAAAAGUUCUAUAUCUUAAAUAUGAAACAAUAAAAUGAUUUAUUAUGUC